AGUAAGAGCAAAUUAGAAGUGACGUCAUGAAUGCGCCCUUAACCGUCUUUAUUUGACUGACGCGUUGUCUUUUUGUCGCCAACGAGACGAAGCUGAGUCGUUUUGGCGGCAACUCUCCGCUCAGCGUUCAGUUAUUAGCCAGGCAGGAUGUUGCGCCUUCGCUGCAAGACCAAGAAUGGCAGCCAUGUCAUGCAGGGCUUGACUCACCAGUCGUGCGUGCGAGAGUUGAAGAGGAAAGUGGAGGAGCUGACGGGAAUCCCCUGCGAGGUGCAGAAAAUCAUGGUGGGCUACCCGCCCUCCAGCCUGGACCUGCGAAACGGGGACGCCCACCUCAAGGACUACCCCAUUAAGUCGGGAGACACGCUCAUAGUGGAGGAGGAAAAGAACAAGCCAAAGUCGCUCGCUCAUCCCUCUGUGACCAAACCGCCGGUCCUGGCGCGGCGCGUGGUCCCGGCGGACAACUCCUGCCUCUUCACCAGCGUCAACUACGUUGUGGAGGGCGGCGUGUACGAGCCGGCGCGCGCCCCCGAGAUGCGCGGCCUCAUCGCCCAGAUCGUGUCCAGCGACCCGGCGGCGUACUCUGAGGCGGUGCUGGGAAAGACCAACGAGGAGUACUGCGCCUGGAUCCGGCGCGACGACACGUGGGGCGGCGCCAUCGAGGUGUCCAUCCUGUCCAAGUUCUACCAGUGCGAGAUCUGCGUGGUGGACACCCAGACGGUGCGCGUGGACCGAUUCGGCGAGGACGCCGGCUACCUCAAGCGCGUGCUGCUCAUCUACGACGGCAUUCACUACGACCCGCUGGAGAAAGGGGCGCAGGGCUCCGCGGCGCCGCCCCAAACCGUCUUCUCCACAUGCGACGACGUCAUCCUGGCUCAGGCCCUGGAGCUGGCGGACGAGGCUCGCCGCAAGCGGCAGUUCACGGACGUAAACCGCUUUGCGUUGCGCUGCAUGGUGUGUCAGACAGGCCUGGUGGGACAAAAGGAGGCGCGGGAACACGCCAAGGAGACGGGCCACACCAACUUUGGUGAGGUGUGAAAGUAAGUCUACUGUUACCGCCCCCUUCGCAAAUACAGCCGCCGCUCGUCCACCUGUCAUGUGAUUGUCUACCUCACGUCGCGCACGGACAUCCAUGUCGACGCACCUUUCAGUGUUCUGCUUUCUACUGAAGACCGACGCCAUCUUUGGACCUGCCUGGACCGGUCUCAGUGGAUCACGACAUGGAGAAGAAGAACUGCCACGUUGUCACCACUUUAUAUGCCAUGAUACACCUCACCACUGGGGGACAGCACACGCUCCUUGGUUAUCUCCACCCAACCUCCGUCUUUCUUUUUCCUCCUACAAAGUGUUCCCACCCAACACAAGUUCAUGCUUAUUAUUAAAUUCUGGUCCCUCAGAGGCACAAGAACUCCUCAGUCGGGAAGGUUUUAGCGAAAAUAUCUCAAAUCGUAGCUGCUGACGUGGUGAUUUGAAGUGUUUGCGCCUCUUCAAACUGUGACAACUUUGCACAUUUUCAAACAAUAGUUUUUAGUGUUGCUUUGAAAGAAAUGGCAAAUAACGGUGCUGCGGACGUUUGGCUGAAGUGGCAUGGUUUUCUUUUGGGGCUUUUUCAGGAGAGUGAUGCUGAAAGUUGUUGGUGGUGACUUCAAGCACACGGCAAACUAAAGCUGCUUUUGGAAUCAAAAUACUUGCAGUUCCUUUUUAAUGGCAACUGCGCUUUUAAAAUAAAAAAUGUUGCCCAUCACAAUCCCUAGGUAAGACAAGAUCAGGUUUUUCACUUUUUUGUGCAGUUUAAAUUGUAAAAUACGGCUUGUACUACACAGCUAAUUAUGAAGCUAAUGCUAACCUGCUGAAAACAUCCAAAAACCGCCAGCAAUACUGCAUUUACAUCUUGUGACCCACAUAUUAAAGUAUCACGAUAUUUAUGUAAAAGCUAAUGCCGAGGAACUACUUGUAGUAACACGCCACAUUGAUCAUGAUGGUAACCUAGGUUUUGCAGAUAAUGACAUAUUGAUUUGGUAAAAGUGGGCAGCACGGUGGAACAGGGGUUAGUUAAUGUGCCUCAAAAUACAAAGGUCCUGAGUUCAAUCCCGGGCUCGGGAUCCUUCUGUGUGGAGUUUGCAUGUUCUCCCCUUGACUGCGUGGGUUCCCUCCGGGUAGUCCGGCUUCCUCCCACCACCAAAGACAUGCAACUGGGGAUAGGUUGAUUGGCAACACUAGAAAUUGGCCCUAGUGUGUGAAUGUGAGUGUGAAUGUUGUCUGUCUAUCUGUUGGCCCUGCGAUGAGGUGGCGACUUGUCCAGGGUGUAACCCGCCUUCCGCCUAAACUCAGCUGAGAUAGGCGCCAGCACCCCCCGCGACCUCAAAAGGGACAAGCGGUAGAAAAUGGAUGGAUGGAGUUGGUAAAAGUUAAUUGUAGAUUAUAAAGCAUGCCUCACACGUGUAUAGUCGAAGGUUGUGGCCUAAAGCUGAGAAGUUGAUCAAUUUUAACAUUCAAUUUAGACCUGAAGACAUUGCUAGCAGGACUUCACAAGAUGCUUGUUUUCUUUCAGAAUUGUUUCUACCUGAGAUUAUGCUGAAUUCUUUAUCUAAACAUUGAACACAAGUCUCAUGCUGAAAGAUAUAAACAUCCCAGUAAGAGGGAUGUUUAUAUCUUUCAGCAUGAGACUUGUGUUCAAGUUAGAAACAAUUUGUACAGGCAUUGUACAGUAGGGGCCCCCGUGUGCUAAAACGUGUGCAAAGUGCAUUGCACCUGUUAAGAGCAGAAUAAGGCGUGCAGUCCAUUUUACAUCUCUGUCUUCAUUAAUAUGCAAAAUAUACGCUGAUCGUUAAAAGGCGCAAUCUUAAUAGAUCACAGCCACGGCCACUAAUACUACAUGCUAUUUUAUUGUUUGCACACGCUGUUUAGCCUGUGGUAUUUGGAUCUUAGAAAUUUUGUCCCUGAUUAUUUUAUUACGUUCUUAGUUUGUAUUUCUUGUUCAGCACUCGGCAAUACUUCUACAGGAUGCUUACUUCCGUGUUUCACUAAAGAUGCACCUGUUUAUCACUCAGCUUCUAAAACUUGUAGUGUGUCAUCCUCUUUAUAUUCAGGCUCAAAAAUAGAAGUUUCCAGAUCAUCAUUUGUCCCAUGGUUGUCUUUGUUGUCCCUCAUCAAGUCUGCCAUGAUUAGUAGUGUUAUUGAAGGAAAUGGUGAUCAUUUCGAUGCGUUUAAAAAAAAAAAUGUUCCAGCAAUACUUAAAAUGACCAAAUUAUGGUAAAUGUUACGUUAUUAUGAAUGUGUCUUAUUACAUUACACAUACAUGUAUUAAAACAUUGAUGGAUGUUUUUAGAGCGCUUUAUAAGCAAAAUUGAUUUUAGCCACCUAUUGCUAGCGUUUAUGAUUUAGAUUGUGUGAAAAAGGGAAAAACAUUCUUGUCUCAUGAAGGAAUAAUGCAAAAUUCCAAAAAUAAGUGCAGUUCAAACACAGCAAUGCAUCUUACUCAUUGCGGCCUCUCAACAUUACUACCAAGUUAUUGCCAAAACAAUAUUUUAAUAUGGCCGCAUGUUUUGUGUCGUGUCACUUUUUUGUUGUUUUCAAAUUAAAUUCAAUUCCUCUGUCAUUCGGCUGGCCUGGGAACGCCUCGGGAUCCCCCGGGAAGAGCUGGACGAAGUGGCUGGGGAGAGGAAAGUUUGGGCUUCCCUGCUUAGGCUGCUACUCCCGCGACCCAACCUUGGAUAAGCGGAAGAAGAUUGAUGGAUGGAUGGAUUUUGUUUUGGUCAGCGUACUAAUAGAGUGGCUGCAUUAAAAGUGCUCAUGACACUACAAUGAAUGUCACACAAAAAACUACAAAAAUAACUGGACGUACUUGAGGUUUUUUCUCCUGUGUUGAGUCACAAUUAAAAGCUAUAGCAAGAAAGUAUUGUGUGUUCAAAGUGGAUUUUUAAUUGACUUUAUGCUGUACAUCAAUGGCUGAGUAGGAGUAUUGUGAUUUUUGUUUCAAAAACAAUGUUUAAAUACACAAAACCAGGGAAGUUGGCACGUUGUGUAUUUAUUUGUGUAAUUCGUAAAUAAAAAACUACAAUGAUUUGCAAAUCCUUUUCAACGUAUAUUGAAUUGAAUAGACUGCAAAGACAAGAUAUUUAAUGUUCCAACUGAGGAACUUUUUUUUUAAUGCAAAUAAACAUUAACUUAAAAUUUAAUGGCAGCAACACAUUGCAAAAAAAGUUGUCACAGGGGCAUUUUUACCACUGUGUUACAUGGCCUUUCCUUUUAACAACACUCAGUAAACAUUUGGGAAAUGAGGAGACCAAUUUUUUAAGCUUUUCAGGUGAAAUUCUUUCCCA